AUGGAGGUCCAUGCAGACUACGCCUUGAUCCUGGCCACCGACCGGCUACGGUGGCAGGACGUGGUCAUGGCCAGCCGAUUGGCGCAGCUGGUAGCCAAAGAAUUGCUACUGGUCGCCGCCAAUCCUUCUCCACAGGCUGAGGCGACGCUCUCUGAGUUCUUAGCAUCCAGCACCUCUGUGCUGGAGUUUGCUGCGAGGCCUUGGCGGCGGCAUCUCUCCUAG